GAUUUUAAAAUGAUCUUGUGGGCGAAGCUAAGUACAUUUAGCUUAGUUAGCCGUGGAAAGAAUUAUGUCAUAUUUGUUGAGCAGCACAUCCGACGAAGAGCUAUGUGUGCGCUAAAAGGCGUCAUCGCCCUCGGACCGGGACGCCGCUGCCUCCGCUCCGCAGACCACACGCUCGGUUCCGCAGCCGGUUCGGACGAAGGGAAGCCGCCGCCAUGGCCACGGACAUCACCUCAGAGGCCAUCAGCUUCCUGUCGGCAGUCGGCGUCUUCAUCGUGGCAUUGGCCCUCCUCUUCCUCUUCAUCAACAAGAAGCUGUGUUUCUCGCGCGUCGGCGGGCUGCCCUGUCUGGAGGAGCGUGGCCGCCGGAAGAAGGGACGACCGGGAAUCCGCCAGGGACUCGCAGGUGGAGUCUCUGGUAUUUCCGGUCGGUUUCCUGAACAAACAACGCGUCGCGUUCAGAGUCUCUGACCGAAAAAACCACUGGCAGCUCAAGAAACCCUCCCGGAGCUUCACAGGAUCAGUGAACAGCUACGGUGACGACGACGGCGUCAGCUCCUCCGACAGCGAGGACGAGGUCCAGAAGCAGUUUGAGAUUUCUGUGUCGCGGUCGCAGAGUUUCCGCGGAGCGCCGCCAAGCGGAGGUGAACAGCCGGCGCAACCGUCUCAGCUGGCGCUGGGUCGACGGCACAAAUUCACCCGACUGUCGGACCAGGAGGAGGGCAGCACGGAGCCGUCAGACUGUGAAGAGAUGGAGGCUCAGGGCCGGCAGGGUUUCCAGGACCCGCUCUCUGCAGCGGUGGAGGAAAGCGAGCGGGCGUCUGCCGCCUCCACGGACAGGCCCGCCGCGCUCACAUCAUCAGGCGCCGGGGAAGUUACCGCCACCAGUCAGAACCGUCAGGCUGCAGAUGGCAGCGAGGAAAUGCAGCAGGCUGCACAGGACCGCGACCAAAAUGAGGCCACAGACAGCUCCUCAACGUGGAGCCCGGAGCAAGAGCAGCCUCCCCAGGAUGAGGUCUCGACUCAGCCGGUCAGCUCCUCCCCUCGGCCCCCCAUCUCCAAAUGUGGGGACCUGGUCCUCUCUCUGGAGUACCGUCCCGACACGGAGAAGCUGCUGGUGUCCGUGGUCGCGGCCCGCGACCUGCCCGACAAGGCCCGCAGCGGGAUGGACUCCUGGCAGGUGCACAUGGUCCUGCUACCCUCCAAGAAACAACGGCACAAGACGUCGGUGCAGAAAGGCUCGCUGCCGCACUUCAACGAGACGUUUCGCUUCUCGCGCCUGGAGCCGUCGGACCUGCCGAUGACGGCCGUCAGGUUCAGGCUGUACGCACUCGGAGGCAGGAUGUCCCGUGAGCGGAUGAUGGGGGAGAAGGUGCUGCGUUUAGGCGGGCUCAACCCAAACGGAGGGUCCAUGGAAACAACGCUGGUUCUGGAGCCUCGCAUUAACCUCAAGAGUGUGGACUCCCUGCUGAGUCUGUCCGCCGUGUCCCACAGCGACAGCGCCUCGUCCACUCAGUCCCUGACCCACGGCGGCGUCCCCGAGCUGCUGGUGGGCCUCUGCUACAACGCCACCACGGGACGCAUGUCGGUGGAGCUCAUCAAGGGCAGCCACUUCCGAAACCUGGCCAUGAACCGACCACCAGACACCUAUGGUCGUCUGUGUCUGCUGAACUCGGUCGGUCAGGAGAUCUCCCGUUGUAAGACGUCGGUGCGUCGAGGUCAGCCCAACCCCGUCUACAAGGAGACCUUCGUCUUCCAGGUGGCGUUGUUCCAGCUGUCGGACGUCACGCUGCUGGUCUCCAUCUACACCCGGCGCAGCAUGAAGCGCAAAGAGAUGGUGGGCUGGAUCGCUCUGGGUCAGAACAGCAGCGGCGAGGAGGAGCAGCUCCACUGGCAGGACAUGAAGGAGAGUCGAGGACAGCAGGUCUGCCGCUGGCACGUCCUGCUGGAGGCGUAGCGCCGCCUGUCCGACAGGAUUUACUUUUUCUACAAGGUUGAUGGGAGUUUGUUCUUUUGGUAGAAUUUUUUUUUUUUUAAGUACUGGGGGAAAGGAAAAGAUCCUGCGGGCGGUGCAUGUGGAUGUCGCAACGGUCCAAACCUGGAGGACCACAUCAAACCUGGCUGCUUAUUUUUAUGGCUGAUGGAAGUUAAAAAUAAAUAAAAUUCAUGAAAAAUAAAUUCGAAGAAAGCUUGUACAUGGCAACUCACUCAUGUGAUUGUUUGAUUUCCUAACAGAGGAUAUGUUUGAUUUCAUGUCAACCUCAAAGGUUUAGUGCAGGAAUGAUGUGAAUCCUCUCAGUUGGAAACUUUUGUAGAACAUCCAUCAGUCUCCAAGAGGAGCUGAGAAUUCGUCCUUUCUACUGCGCAUCUGUGUUUCUUCUGCCACGAGCUACAUCUGGGGACAAAUUUCUGACAAGUGACGAUUUGAUUGUGAUAUUUCUUUUGCUUGCUGUCGAAUGGAUCUUUGUCACGUGAUCAUUUUUUGGUCUGAAAUGAAUCGGACCAAUAGGGACGGAGACAUACUCGCUUGAAACGACGGUGUUCCCACGUGCAUGACGGCUGCCUCUUGUAUCCUGCGUCCAUUUGGAGAGUUGGUUGUGCAUAUCCUCCACACAAUUUGAAGGAAAAAAAGAUGCAAUGUCCAAAAUUUGAUGAGAAACGUGCUUCUCAAAACAGCUGGCGUCAUCCGUCUGAGCUGGCGGCGGAAUUCAGUCGCUCACUGGUCCACUGAGACCAACUUUGCUCAUGCUGAUAAUGCUGUAAGUGUUUGCAUUGACAUGUUUGUUGUUUACAUCGUGCAAAAUCUGUUCAUUCCACACAGUCUGCCCUCUAGUGGUGUCCUCCGGUGACACGUGUAGUGCACAGGCACGUACAUGAGCAAGUACGUGAGCUACAGUGUACAGACCCAAGAGUUCAUGUCUGAAGAAGCUUUAUGAUUGGAGAUCACAGAGAAGUAGCACAUGGCUGUACAUCAGUAUCUCCGUUUGCCCCCACGUCCGUCGAGUUCAAAGGACAUCGGUGAUCUGAAUGACGUCCCCUAACCCUAGAAUCACCGCGGAGUUUGGUGUGAAACAGGUUUACCAUACGUAAAUCCUUAGAGAUCUCUCUCUGGUGGUAGAAAGCACAUAUCGGACGUCCAAACCAGGAAGACAGAAUACAGAUAUUUGACAGAAUAUACAGCAGAUGUGAAAGGGACAGAUUUUUAUUGAUCGUUUUGACAAUGCUAUAUCCUUGGUACAGUGUCUCUAAGUCACAAGUCACAGAGACUGUUUUGCUAAAGAAAAGACCAAGUGGUUGAACUUGCAAAAUGUUCUUCUCCCGGUCGGUGGAGGAGACUGUCUCCUCACGGGGGGUCUGGAUGCAAUUCUUUGCAUUUUAGAAAAUGUGGCCCAGCCAAUGUUUGUUCGCCGUCGUUGAUGAAAAAACACAAAAAUUACACUUUCAUCAAUUCAUUUGAGGUCAACAGACGCGUGAGCGGCGACGCCAGUUGUCUGGUUCCCGUUGAAGACGACGUAGAAGAAGACGAAGAAGAAGACGAAGACGUAGAAGAAGCAAACAGUGAAAGAAGUGAAGAUAUUCAAUCACUCAAGUGGAGGAGGAGGAGGAGGAGGAGGAGGAGGAGGGCGUCUCAUUCAUCCCCCCCCCACAUCAUCAACACUGAAUGAUGUUGUUUGGCGUCUCCUUCACAAGUCAAAGCUCAUUCCAACAACACCCGUCAACGCUUAGCUGAAAAGAGGCUUUAAAUAUCUCACUGCAGCUGUUUAUAACACACACACUCUCUCUGUAUGUGGUAAUUGGUAGUUACAGAUGUAGAAAUCGUACAGUGUGAUGCGGCCGAGGCUCAUCGUCUUUCCCUCUGAGCGUCAGGAGGAUUAUGGUUCUGUUUACCCCUCGGGGGGGGGGGGGGGUCACACACCGAGAGCAGCAGGGAUGUGUGUUUUAUAUGAAAGUUCACUUUAUUCCAGAUACGUGAGGAAAAACAGAAAAAGCGUCAAGGGGUCAGUAAGGUCGGCGCGCAAACCCCCUCUUGUCCGCCUCGAGGGCCGCGGACCAAAUGAACCCGGACAGAGCGCCGACCAGUCACAGACAAAUGAGACGCAGUGCGACAGGAAAAUGGGAAGAACUGUAUUGUCAGUCGUUUGUCCCUCUCAUAUAGAUGAUAUAUCACCAAGGGUUGGACAGACGUCCCACAUCUAUGGAAGAGUAUUAGGGCCAGUCGUAAGGAGAAAAUGCAGAGAAUAAAGUUGAAAAUUGUGACCAGGAAGCACCUUCCAGCAGCACCACACAGCCGGAGGUUGAUGUUUUGUUAGACAGUUUGCUCGCUAACGCUAGCGGCUAACCAAGUUGAUAUUAUGAUUGACAGGCUGAAUCUGGAAGAAACGGCGCGGUGACACGUGACUGUCGACGUGUGUCCUGACACGAUAACCUUCAACGGCAAACAACCGUUGAUGAAUUCUGAGAGGCGCGCAGCUAAUGAAGCUAGUGUAGCUUUGCUAACGUUAGCUAACGUGGACAUGUGACAGCUGAACUGGAACCACAACACGGACGUUCAGGGCUAUUUCGACUUUAAUCUCCACAUUCCGACUUUAUUCUCGACAUUUUGACUUUAUUCUCGAAAUGUUAAAUAAAUUUUAAAAAAUCUUCCCCCAUUUUUUCUCUUGUGCUUGGCCCUAAUAAUCUUCCAUAUACAUCAGAGGCAGACUUGUGUUCACAAAAAAGGAAACAAGGUAUUUUUGCAGGUUCAAGCCACAGACUGUAAAUGAAGUUACAAACCCAUUAUCUUGCUCUGACUGUUUCACUGGAAUAUAAUCUGUAAUCCCAUUGAUGUCUAAAUAAAACAGACACUAUGAGUCCAGCGCAG